UUUCUGUGUGGUAGGGGCAGCGAAGACCGAUCUCGUCGUAUAAAAGCAGUCUUUGGACUGCUCUGAGAAGAGUCACUCUCCGUCCGAAAACGUGAUCUCAGCAAGAUGGCAAUGAGGUGCAUCGUGGUACUGAUCGCCGUAUUGGCUGUAAUUUAUGCUCAAGCGGAAUCCGAAUCUGUUGAUCAGAAUCCGCAGCAGACAUUGGUAGCACCUACGACUUCAUCGGCAAUUGCACCACUAAAAGUGGAAGCGGUGUCGAGCGAAGUGGCCGAGACACAGUCACGUACCAAAAGAACGCCAAUCCUUUUGAAAAAAGCUCUCUUGGGUGGUGCUCUCCUCGGUGCCGGAGCUUUAGGUGCUGGAGCUCUGGGUGCUGGAGCUCUGGGUGCCGGAGUUCUUGGUGCCGGAGUCCUCGGUGCUGGAUUGUACAAGGCUAAAUACUAUGGCGGCUAUGGCAGCUAUGGUGGAUAUGGCGGAUAUGGAUAUGGAUAUGGAUAUCCUCAUUACCAUAGCCAUCCUGAUUACCAUUACCAUUAUCACAAUUAUCCUAAUUACCAUUAUCAUAGUUAUCCCCAUAGUUACCCUCAAAGUUAUCAUCACUACAGUUACGGAGGAUAUGAAGGGUACGGUUACGGCGGACCAGGCUACGGUUAUUGGUAAAUUGGCUCCUGCGCUAAGAAUCUCAUCGAAAAAACGGAACUACUCGUUGUACAACUGGUACUUACCGGUACCUUUUUGUUUAUCAUUAUUUAUUAAUGAUAAAAGCUACCUCCUUUUUACAUACACACGCGAUAUUUGUAUAUCGUAUUUUUUACAAAUCAGUUGUAUCUUGUAAUAUAUAGUACCUUUAAUACUGUGAAAUAUAACAAAUAAAAUUGAUUAUACAAGAUAAA